CUGACUCACGUGUUCAUGCAAACUAAUAAGGUGGCCAAGCUGAGAUCCAAAUCCAAGACUUGGAAUCCAGGGAUCUUUCCAUGCUGGUACCAAGGGAGGACUUUUCUCCAUGGGGAGACUUGCUGUGUAGUCUCACAUCUCAUUGUCUUUUCUUGUCUGUUACUCCCCUCAGUGGAACCGACAGUGACCAUCUCCCCGUCCAGGACAGAGGUUCUGAACCACCACAAUCUGCUGGUCUGCUCAGUGACAGAUUUCUAUCCAGGCCAGAUCAAAGUCCGGUGGUUUCGGAAUGACCAGGAGCAGACAGCUGGUGUCGUGUCCACUCCACUUAUUAGGAAUGGGGACUGGACCUUCCAGAUCCUUGUGAUGCUGGAGAUGACUCCCCAGCGAGGAGAUGUCUACACUUGCCAUGUGGAGCACGCCAGCCUCCAGAGCCCCAUCACAGUGCAGUGGCGGGCACAGUCUGAAUCUGCCCAGAGCAAGAUGCUGAGUGGCAUUGGUGGCUUCGUGCUGGGGCUGAUCUUCCUUGGGCUUGGCCUUAUCAUCUGUCACAGGAGCCAGAAAGGAUCUCGGGGGUCUCCACCGGCAGGGCUCCUGCACUGAUGCCUGAGGAUACCGGAGAUUCCAUCCUUUGUAGUGUCCGUCUGUCCCUGCCCAGAAUUCCCAGCUGCCUGACAGACUGUCCCCCACAUAGAUCAGAGUCCUACAUGACUCUGAGGACUCUUGAGGAUCUGGGUGUGAUUCUGCUUCCUGCAUUGACCUGUGUGCUCCCUGCUACAGGAUCUACUCAGGCCCCAAGGGAUUUUCCUGUUUCCAUUCUUCCUUCACAGAUUGUGCAAGAGAAGCACAUUGAAGCCAUUUACCUGAAGAUAGAGAUUUUAUCAUAAUUAAAUGUCAUUAUGAG